CCGUCUCUAACCUAACUUUCCCCCUCUGCAUGAUUCGCUUUGAUCUCUCUCUCCGCCUUCGAUAUUCGUAUCUUUCUUAAGCCCAUCCGUUUAAUUCAUAACCAGGGGCCGGCGGACGAUAUACGGCAAUCAUGUCGAUUCAUUUGGUUCUCGUACUUGCACUUUUUAUUGGGAUUUCUAAGGGUCAACUCAGAAUCGGUUUCUACGCUGAAACAUGCCCGGAAGCCGAGUCCAUAGUCCGUGCUGUUGUCCAGGAUGCCAUUCUCUCUAAAGCUAACACAGCCGCCGCCUUGCUCAGGCUUCACUUCCAUGACUGCUUUGUUGAGGGCUGUGAUGGUUCAAUUUUGAUCGAAAAUGGUCCAAACGCCGAGAGACAUGCAUUUGGACAUCAAGGCGUUGUAGGGUUUGAAGUGAUAGAGAAAGCCAAAGCAGAGUUGGAAACAGUAUGUCGAGGCGUGGUUUCUUGCGCAGACAUCGUGGCCUUAGCAGCUCGAGACGCCAUAGCCUUGGCAAAUGGACCAGCUUAUCAGGUUCCAACGGGCCGCAGAGAUGGCCGGGUUUCCAACGUCUCAUUGGCAGCUGAAAUGCCGGAUGUUAGUGAUUCAAUUCAGCAACUUAAGGCCAAGUUUUUGCAGAAGGGACUAACGGAGAAAGACCUAGUGCUUCUCAGUGCUGCACAUACGGUGGGAACAACAGCAUGCUUCUUCAUGACAAGACGGCUUUACAACUUUUUCCCAGCAGGUGGAGGAGCAGAUCCAGCUAUCAACCCUGCUUUUCUUCCAGAGCUAAAGGCCAGGUGCCCCCAAAAUGGAGAUGUUAAUUCGCGAUUGGCAAUCGAUCGUGGGAGUGAGCAGACAUUUGAUAAGCAUAUUUUGCAGAACAUAAAGGACGGGUUUGCUGUGCUAGAAUCUGAUGCUAGACUUAAUGACGAUGAGACAACCAAGAGUAUAAUAGACUCCUACUUUGGUUUCCUCAAUCCAUUAUUUGGACCAUCUUUUGAGGCAGAUUUUGUGGAAUCCAUCGUGAAGAUGGGCCAGAUUGGCGUCAAGACUGGUUUCCGCGGGGGAAUUAGGCAUGUAUGUGCAGCUUUUAAUUGAAUAUAUACGAGCUUAAUUUAAAGGCCAACAUACAAUUAUUGAAUUCUCCAUGGCCAGGGAGAUUAGCU